AUGUCACGCCUAGCAUAUGAACUGACUGUUGAUGAGGCAGCUGCCAUCUAUCUUUAUACAAUGUUGCGUUCCAAAGAAGAUCAAACUGUUCCUAUUCAACUGAACAAAGCACUUCGCUCCAGAGAAAAUGAAAAAAAUCAAAUUUUUUGUUUAACUUCAUAUUUACAAUCAUCAAAUUCUGCUGAAUGUUCUCAUUUAU